AUAAAACAAAAGAAAAGAAAGCAAGCAAUCUCUUAAUUGGAUAAAUUAAAAUCUAGAAAAAAUACUUGUUACGAAACAAUCCCGCGACUUCUUUCCAUAGACAAGCCUUAAAACAGUGACCAAAAAUCUUCGCUCCUCAUCUCCAUCUCCCUUUUCCAAACUUGUUUUUCUUCUCUUUUAGCAGUUAAUAAUUUCACACAUGCUCUCGUAAAACAUGGCGGGCGAAUCUUUAUCUCCCAAUGAUCUUCUUCGUCAAGAAGAUUUUCGUGCUGAAUUGUCAGUGGCAGAUGAAGAUGAUACAUACAUUGAUAUUUCACGGACUUAUGUUGGUGAUCCAGAUACGGAAGAAGAAGAGUAUUUGGCGUUGUUGGCUAAUCAAGAACCUCAUCGUGGGUUCAGUGCUAACGACACUUUGGUUAUUGAUAGCUGGUUUAGAAAUGCUCGCUUGGAAGCUAUUACUUGGAUUCUCAGAACAAGAAAAACCUUUGGUUUUCAUUUUCAUACCGCUUACUUGUCCAUGAUAUAUUUUGAUCGGUUCAUUUCAAGUCGUUCCAUUGAUAGAAGGUAUUCUUGGGUAGUUAAAUUGAUAUCAGUAGCAUGUAUUUCUCUGGCCUCAAAGAUGGAGGAAGUACAGGUGCCCUCUUCACCGGAGUUCCAAACAGAUGGGGUUAUAUUUGAAAGUAAGAGUGUUAAAAGAGUAGAGCUUGGAAUAUUGAGCACAUUGCAAUGGAGAAUGAACUAUACAACUCCUUUUGCUUUUCUUCGCUACUUCAUAAUGAGAUUCUCCCGGCAGGAUUCUCCACCGAGGGAAACAAUAUCUAGGACCGUGCGAUACAUUUUGGCUUUAAUGAAAGAGAUACAUUUGAUGAGCCAUCGACCUUCUGUUAUAGCAGCGGCUGCCUCAUUAGUGGUAAUAAAUAACAGCUUAACAAGAACCACAUUGGAGACCCAGAUGAAUUCCGUUGCUUAUCCAGGAUUUCUUAAUAUUGAAGAUGUGUUUCGAUGUUACAAUCUACUGCAGCAAUUAGAUGUGGAAAACCUUCGAUCAACAGCUAAUGGGUUGCCUCUCAAAGCGAGGCCUGCUUUAUUUCUCUUUGAGGCCUUGUUGGCUGUAUUCAAGUUUGAGAGGGGUCAUGAAACCCAAGACAUUGUCUAUGGGAAUCAAAAGGAAUUUCUAUGUUUGAUUAUACUUUGAUGGAAUAGAUUUUCGUGUCUGUAAACUGCAUUUUCCCAAGUCAUUUCAUUUCCUAUAAUGAUAAUAGCGUUGGAUUGUUAUGGCU